AUGAUCACUAGGUCCAAGAGUAAGAAUCAUGUUGCUUUUUCUUCUUCCCUUUGUCUUCUUGCUUCUGCAGCAUCUGCAGAUUCCACUGAGCCACAGAAUUAUCAAGCAGCUGCUCAGUCUCCAACUUGGCAAGCUGCUAUGUUAGAUGAAUAUCAAGCUCUUCAAAAACAAGGUACUUGGUCUUUAGUUACUCUUCCUCCUGAUAAACAAGCUAUUGGCUGCAAGUGGGUAUUUAGGCUCAAGAGAAACUCAGAUGGUUCUAUUGCAAGACACAAAGCUAGACUUGUUGCUAAAGGCUUUCUUCAAACUAAGGGUGUAGAUUAUCAUGAAACAUUUAUAGAGAAACAACUAUUUGUUAACUAUAACUUCUAA